AUGGGAGACGGAGAGAAGCUCAACAUAGACUCCAUCAUACAGCGCCUGCUGGAGGUAAAAGGAUGUCGUCCAGGGAAGAACGUCCAGCUGACGGAGAAUGAGAUCAGAGGGUUGUGUCUGAAGUCUCGUGAGAUCUUCCUGAGCCAACCUAUUCUUCUGGAGCUGGAGGCCCCACUGAAGAUCUGUGGUGAUGUACAUGGACAGUAUUACGAUCUCUUAAGAUUGUUCGAAUAUGGCGGCUUCCCCCCGGAGAGUAACUACUUGUUCUUGGGCGACUACGUGGACCGUGGCAAGCAGUCUCUGGAAACCAUUUGCCUGCUGUUGGCUUACAAGAUUAAAUACCCAGAAAAUUUCUUCUUGUUGCGCGGGAAUCAUGAGUGCGCCAGUAUCAACCGUAUCUAUGGAUUCUACGACGAAUGUAAAAGACGGUAUAACAUCAAGUUGUGGAAGACCUUUACAGAUUGUUUUAACUGCUUACCUGUUGCUGCUAUAGUAGAUGAGAAGAUCUUCUGCUGUCAUGGAGGCCUCUCCCCCGACCUGCAGUCAAUGGAACAAGUCCGAAGGAUACUGCGUCCCACAGACGUACCAGACCAGGGUCUCCUGUGUGACCUUUUUAUGGUCCGAUCCAGACAAGGAUGUUCUCGGCUGGGGAGAAAAUGACAGGGGGGGUCUCCUUCACUUUUGGGGCUGAUGUUGUAGCAAAAUUCCUUCACAAGCAUGACCUGGAUCUCAUUUGCCGAGCACAUCAGGUGGUGGAAGACGGUUAUGAGUUCUUUGCAAAACGACAGCUGGUGACUCUGUUCUCUGCACCAAAUUACUGCGGUGAAUUUGACAACGCUGGUUCCAUGAUGAGUGUGGAUGAAACACUAAUGUGCUCUUUCCAGAUCCUAAAGCCUGCUGACAAGAAACUGUUUGCCUAUGGAGGUGUGAACCAGUCCCGCCCAGUUACUCCACCUCGAAACUCAAAGAACAAGCAGAAGAAUUGA